UUAAAACAACCAUGUGAUUACAUUUUUUUUUUGUUGCUAAAAGAAGACAGAGAAUGCAAGAAUAAGCCAAUUAUUCUUUUGGUGUUUUUUAAAACAUCAACAUAGGAUUUGUUAUGAAAUUGAAACAACAUCCAGGUACUCUUGGCGACCUCAUUUUUGUGUGGCGAGGCGAGGCGAGUCUUCAUGGACAGAAUCUACAUCCUCGACAUUUGUUGUAGCAAUACAGAGUAGAGCCUAUUUGCUUGGACGGUGCCAUUCUGAUCAGCUGGUGGCAACUAAACAUAAAUAUAGCUCCACAAAAUCAAGUGCUACUCGUUUAGUCGUUGUCCACUUCUACAUCUUUUUUAAAUUAAUUUUAUGUUAGUCAUUUUGCCAAACACUUCUGGACAAACAUGGUUGUUUUCUAUAGUACUAGUUGUUAGUACAAUUUCUUUACUAGAAUAGUGAUUGAAUACCACUUAUCAUUUUCACUGCAGUUGAAAAAACUUCUCUCAAAGCCACGACUCUGAUUAAUUUCAAACAAUUUAGAUGUACAAAGUUAUUAAAACAUGCCUAUCAUCUAAAUAAAUAUAUAUAGUUGUAGCGACUACUAAAAGUCGUCGUCUUGUACACAGUGGCGGGCAUAUGUUUUUUACAAUUUAGUCUCUCUCUCUCUCUUUUAUUUAUUUUUUUUGUAUAAAUAUUUACAUUUAUGCAUCUCUAUCUGUGCACUAGUCAUCUCUCUCAGCCACCAAAGCAAAGUCAACUCUUUGGUCCUUUGCUUUCAAUCAUGUCAACAACACCACUUAAAUACCCCAUCUUUAUGAAUUAACUUACUCGGAAAGUGCCAUCUGUCUCAUCAAAUUUAGCAGCUGAGCCUGAGGCAUGACAUAGAUUCCUAUACAGUAUAGUUUCUACUUUUUUUUUUUUUUACUUUCUUCAAAUUUAUAGAAAUGAUUAGAUCAAGAUUGUCAGUAUUGUGAUCACUGAAACUGAAGUGUUGAAAAGAUCUUUACCUAUAUAGUUUUGCAGGUUUGAUUUGCCAGGUUACCAUGUCCAUAGAGGCACGUCAUAAAUAGAUUAAAGUGAGGAAUUUCCUUACGACUUCUUAUUCGUAAUUGAUUUUACAUCAAAUUCUAAUAAGUGAAAUAAAGAAAUGAAGAAAGAGGUUUGUUGAUUAGUACAAUGUUAAUGAUUACAAUCUUGAAACUCCCAUGAACUGCCAAUAAAUGGGAACUUUUUAUAGCACACCCUAUUUCUCUUUUCAAGCACAUCUGCAUACAUCACAUGCCACUAAAAAAAUAUAUGAAAUCAUCCUUUUUUUAACAUUUUUAUGGUUAGCAUAGUUUAUUAUGGGCAUUGCGAUAUAGCUUUACCAAUACUAAUAAUAUCAUUAAUAUAUUACUUGAUAUUUUUCACUAAAUCACAUGCCUUAUUUUGCUUAUUUUAUCUAUAUAUAUUUGUAGUUGUAGGUGGAGCCAUAUAUUCAUCAAAUGGCCAUGAUAUUAUAAUGAUAUAUAUUGCUCCCUACUCCCCAUUCUGAUAUGCUCUGUAUUUUUCUCUCUAUAAAAUAUGAACACGUAGCCUACACGGCUACACAUAUCAAGUAUUGCAUAUAUAUACAUAGCAAACUUUUCUGAAAGUAAUAUAUAGUCAUCUAUAAGAAUCUUGUACAGAGAGAAAAGAAGAAGAAAGAUGGCUUUGGUGACGAGCAACAACAACUACUAUGGUGGUGUUUCGUCUGUUUCAGAAGAAGCAAACUCUGGUUUUGUCUCAGAACUUGCUACUCACAGACUUUAUCAAACCCAAUUAGCUACAGAGACCAAGAACCAUAAUGAAAUGACUGAACUUCUUCUGAGCCUACCUCCUCUUGGUUUGCAUCUUCGAAAAGAAUCAUCAUUCUUAGACUUGAUUGAAACGAGGCUAAACCCUCAAGAACUUAGGUCCAACUUCCCAACUGAGACUACUGCUACUACUAAUCAUAAUAACCAGGUCGAGCCCAUAGUCAAAAAGGCUUCAAAACUCAAUGCUUCGGUCAUCAAAAUCGGCUCAUGGCAGAGAGUGGCUCUACAUGAGGAGGACGUGGUCACCAAAUGUUACUUUGCUAAGAAAAAACUGGUGUGGGAAAUUCUAGAGAGGGGCUUGAAAAGCAAGAUUGAAAUCCAGUGGGAGUAUAUUAUGGGAAUGAGAGUCUCCCUUGAAGAAAACCAGCCUGGGAUUCUUGAAGUUGAGUUAAGUGAGCCACCUACGUUCUUCAAAGAGACAGAUCCGCAGCCAAGGAGGCAUACUCUUUGGUCUUCAGCUUCUGACUUCACUGAUGGUCAAGCUACAAUAUGCAGAAUUCAUCAUAUCCAAUUUGCACCGGGUGCUUUUGACAGACACUAUGAGAAGCUCCUACUUUGUGAACCUCGAUUCCUCCAUAUGUGUCGAAGCCCUUUCCCUUCUUAUAAAAACCAAUCUUCUUUCUUCUAUUCAAAUUUCCCCAACACACCUACCACUCAUAAUAUUUCUUUUACAUACGAUAAUGGCACCAAACAACAACAACACCCUAGCUCAACUAUCUCAACAAACAUGUCUUAUUUUCCAGAACAACAUCAUCAAGCUUACCAUGAACCUUCCAAUUUUCUCAGCCAUUUUACUUCACCAGAAGUUAUGGAUCUUUCUCAAGCUUUAGAUGAGCUUCUAGGCAAUGAGCAUGAUGAUGACGAGGCUUGUUGGGCUCAACAAAUGACCAAUGAUCAUAGAGAUGAGAGGCAAGGCUUAUAUUCUACCAUUGUGACAGUAACACCACCACAAAAUCACAAUGGAGCAGCAGGAGUCUAUGAUGACUCUUUCUCUCAAUUCCAAAGUUGUGAAGAACAACAGUUAUUGAGCUUCUCAGAGUUUGACCAGGUUGCCAAUUCUAAUAUUAUUACACAACAACAAUUCAUGGGGAUAAGUAUCAAUCAUCCAUUUGGCUCUUUGACAAGUAUGGAGGAGGCCAGGAUUAAUGUUGCAGCCAUUAGUCUUAUGAACAAUCACAACUAUGGACAAGAAAAUUAUGAGAAGAAUUUCACUACAAGAGAUGGCUUGAAAUAUUCACUUUUUGAUCCAUUUAGAUUUACACCCAUGUAAUAUUAACACCCUUGACUCUAGCUGUAAUAUGUUUUUUUUUACCUUUUAGAUAUUGGGGAGGGGAUUCAAAUUUGAGAUCUCCUCUUUGUGAAGAGAGAUGUAGUACCUUCACGCUAAGCCUAUGAAUGAAUACAUUGUGAAUGUUUUUGUUGUUUUUUUAUAA